UACAACUUGAGUACCCGUUAACGUUCUGAUUGAACCAGCUUUGGGCUAUCCGGGUUUUGCAUGAAAUUUCUACCUUAUCAACGACAACAAACCAACAGAUGGUAACUACAAGAUGACUGCUGAAACAGAAGGUUCAAGUGAACCGGUUAUUUUAGCCACAGCAGGGUAUGACCAUGCUAUUAAAUUCUGGCAAGCUCAUAGUGGAAUAUGUCAUCGCACUGUUCAGCAUCCAGACUCGCAAGUCAAUGCAAUGCAGAUCACACCAGACAGACAGUUAUUAGCUGCUGCAGGAUAUCAACAUAUACGCAUGUAUGACAUCAAUUCAAACAAUCCUAGUGCUGUUGUGAAUUAUGAUGGUGUAUCCAAGAAUGUGACUGCUGUUGGGUUUCAUGAGGAUGGUAAGUGGAUGUUCACUGGAGGAGAAGACUGUUCUGCCAGAAUAUGGGACUUGAGGUCUCAUAAUUUACAGUGUCAAAGAGUGUUUCAAGUGAAUGCUCCAGUAAACUGUGUUUGCCUUCAUCCAAAUCAGGGUGAGCUUAUUGUUGGCGAUCAAAGUGGUGCAAUUCACAUGUGGGAUCUUAAGACGGAUCACAAUGAGCAGUUGAUUCCUGAACAAGAUGCCUCCAUCUUGUCGAUCAGCAUUGAUCGAGAAGCAUCCUACAUGGCUGCUGUCAAUAAUCAGGGGAACUGCUAUGUUUGGAGCUUAACUGGAGGUACAAAAGAUGAUCCAACUAUGCUGCACCCCAGAACAAAAAUUCGUGAGGCACAUAAAAGAGCAGCAUUGAAGUGCCUUUUUAGUCCAGACUCUUGCUUUCUAGCCACAACAUCUGCAGACACAACGGUAAAAAUUUGGCAGACUGCAGAUUUCUCCCUUGAAAAAACUCUUAAAGAAGCCAAUCAACGAUGGGUUUGGGAUUGUGCCUUCUCCGAGGAUUCGCAAUACCUUAUCACAGCAUCCUCUGAUAACAUGGCUCGCUUGUGGAAUCUUGAUCAAGGGGAGGUGGUUCGAGAGUACAGUGGACAUCAGAAGGCUGUGGUUGCUCUUGCAUUCAGAGAUGCUCAUGCUGUUUGAUAAUGAAUUGAAUGAAGAGUAAACUAAAUAUAAAAUAGUAAACAAAUUGUAACACUCAUUUUGGUUUCCUUUAGUCAAGAGAGAGUGCCACGAGGUCCUGGGGUGAAUUAGAGCCAGGAUUUGAUUUGUAUACUGAUUUCUCUAUCCUGAGCUUGGCUGUAUUAACCAGCUUAACUUUACAUUGUUUAUUUUUUCUAUAAUUUCUGUCCAAUCAAAAGUUCAACAAAAAUUUAUUUAGAUUUUAUUAAUGUGUAAUUGUUUAUUGAAAAACCUGUCGGCAACAACUGAAUAAGACUGCUAACUCAUUUAAUUUUGAAAAUGAACAGCCAUUUCACCCCUUACUUGGUGAAAGCUGAAGAAAGACUCAUUUUAAAUUAUUAUUAAUACUAAUACUUAAUUGAGGAAAUUAAAACAAUGGAUUUGUAGUGCUUA